UCAUAACAUAACACUAAUAAAGUAAUAACAGUGUGCACUUUUCAUUUCCAUCACAAUUUCCACAUUUAAUUACCACUUUCUAUCCUCAUUCUCUAUAAUUAGUAAGAAUGGAAGAAGCUUCAUCACCUCACUCCACCAAUCCCCACUUCGCCCUCUCUCUCUCACUCUCACCAUGGAGAACCUCUCAUACUUUCUCUUCCUUCUCUUUCUCUUCGCAACCCACGCACGUGCCGACCUCCCCGGUACGUGGGAGCUUCUCGUCCCGGACGCCGGCAUCGCUUCCAUGCACACGGCGGUGACACGCUUCAACACGGUGGUCCUCCUCGACCGAACCAACAUAGGCCCAUCCCGAAAACUCCUCCCGAAAGGCCACUGCCGCUCCGACAAAAACGACGCCGUCCUGAAGCUCGACUGCUACGCCCACUCCGUCCACCUCGACCUCGCCACCAACCAAAUCCGCCCUCUGAAAAUCCUCACCGACACCUGGUGUUCCUCCGGCCAGUUCCUCCCCGACGGCACCCUCCUCCAGACCGGCGGCGACCUUGACGGCCUAAAAAAGAUCCGCAAAUUCUCCCCUUGUGAUGUGUCGUCGUCGAGCUCUUUGCAUUCUCCUUGCGAUUGGGAAGAGCUCGACGACAUCGAAUUGGCUGAGGGCCGGUGGUACGCGACCAACCAGAUCCUCCCGGACGGAUCGGUUAUCAUAAUCGGCGGACGCGGCUCCAACACAGUCGAAUUCUUCCCACCCAAACGAAACGGCGCCGUUUCUUUCCCUUUCUUAUCCGAAACCGAAGACACGCAAAUGGAUAACCUUUACCCUUACGUCCACCUUCUACCAAACGGUCACCUUUUUGUUUUCGCUAACACGAGAUCGGUGAUGUACGAUUUCAACCGCCACGUCAUCGUUAAGGAAUACCCUAAAUUACACGGUGGCCCGAGAAAUUACCCUUCCGCAGGGUCAUCGGCAAUGCUAGCUUUACAAGGGAAUUAUUCUAAAGCUGAGAUUGUGGUUUGUGGAGGUGCGAAAUACGGUGCGUUUUUGCUGCGGAGUACUGACACCCCGGCGCAUGGUAGCUGUGGGCGCAUUUUAGCGAUGGAAGAGAAACCGAGAUGGGAAAUGGAAGACAUGCCGUAUGGGAGGAUUAUGGGGGAUAUGGUGAUGCUUCCGACCGGCGACGUUUUGGUUAUUAAUGGAGCGAUGUCGGGGACUCAGGGUUUUGAGAUGGCUAGUGAUCCGUGUUUGAACCCGGUUCUUUACCGGCCCGACCAACCGGUUGGGUUGCGGUUCAUGGUUUUGAACCCAGGGACUGUUCCGAGGAUGUACCACGCUACAGCGAAUCUGUUGCCUGAUGCGAGGGUUUUGCUUGCCGGGAGUAACCCCCAUGUUUUGUACCGGUUCGAUGACGUGGAGUUUCCGACCGAAUUGCGGCUCGAGGCGUUUUCGCCCGAGUAUUUGUCUGCAGACCGGGCGAAUCUUAGACCGGUUAUUGAGGAGGUGCCCCAAACAGUGCGUUUUGGGGGCAAGUUUGAUGUGGUGGUUUCGGUUGAUUUGCCUGUGGUGGGGAUUGUGGAAGUAAACUUGGCAAGCGCGCCUUUUGCCACGCACUCGUUCUCUCAGGGUCAACGUUUGGUCAAACUGACGGUUUCCUCUGCCGUGCCUGACGGCAGUGACGGGAGGUACCGGAUUGGAGUAACGGCUCCGCCGAGUGGGGCGGUGGCGCCGCCGGGUUACUACAUGGCGUUCGCAGUGAACCAGGGAGUACCCAGCAUUGCAAAGUGGAUACACGUGUCAUAAGUCGUAACUGUGAAGUAACGAAGUCUCUUUGAUGCAUUUUGGAAAUUGAAAUUGUAUUUAAAUUUAUUUAUUUUCUUUUUUGGGGGGCAAGUGGGGGAUUAAAAAUUUAAAAUUGAGAUUCUUCAAUUGUUAAUAGGAAUUGGGGACUGGGAAGUCGGUAAGUGUGACUGGUGAAUUGCAAAUUCAUUUUUUUUAAGCCCCACAACCAGAAGGGGAAAUGCAAAUGAUGUUUUAAUGGGAAUUUCGCAAUGCAUGGAUGAUUGAUUUAAUAGAAUUUAUAAUAUUGUAUGGUGCUAGUACUAUAUGAUUUUAAUUAGAUGGAUUUGUAUGAGGUGGUUA